AUGCGUUACAUUGCUGCUUACCUGCUCGCUGUCCUGGGUGGCCACCCCACCCCCUCUGCGAACGACGUUGAGAAGAUUCUCAACUCGAGCGGUGUGGAGGUCGACAAGACUCGCGUGGCUGCCGUGAUCAAGGCCAUGGAGGGCAAGACCGCCGAGGAGGUGAUCGCUGCUGGUAGCGAGAAGCUCGCCAAGUUCGGCUCGGCUGGCGCUGCCCCCGCUGCCGCCGGAGGUGCCGCUGCUGGCGCUGAGGCCGAGAAGGUCGAGGAGAAGGCCGUUGAGGAGGAAGAGGAGGUCGACAUGGGCGGCGGCAUGGACAUGUUCGGCGGAGACGAGGACUACUAA